GAGCGGGAAAACGCGGAGCUGGAGAACCUCAUCCGGGAGCGGUCCCAGCAGCAGGAGCCCUUGCUGUGCCCCAGCUACCAGUCCUACUUCAAGACCAUUGAGGAGCUCCAGCAGAAGAUCCUGUGUACCAAGUCCGAGAAUGCCAGGCUUGUGGUGCAGAUUGACAACGCCAAGCUGGCUGCGGAUGAUUUCAGAACCAAGUACCAGACCGAGCUGUCCCUGCGGCAGCUGGUGGAGUCGGACAUCAAUGGUCUGCGCAGGAUCCUGGAUGAGCUGACCCUGUGCAAGUCCGACCUGGAGGCCCAGGUGGAGUCCCUGAAGGAGGAGCUGCUGUGCCUCAAGAGCAAUCACGAGCAGGAGGUCAACACCCUGCGCUGCCAGCUUGGAGACCGUCUCAAUGUGGAGGUAGACGCUGCCCCCACUGUGGACCUGAAUCGGGUGCUGAACGAGACCAGGAGUCAGUAUGAGGCCCUGGUGGAAACCAACCGCAGGGAAGUGGAGCAAUGGUUCACCACGCAGACCGAGGAGCUAAACAAGCAGGUGGUAUCCAGCUCGGAGCAGCUGCAGUCCUAUCAGGCAGAGAUCAUCGAGCUGAGACGAACGGUCAAUGCCCUGGAGAUUGAGCUGCAGGCCCAGCAUAACCUGCGAAACUCUCUGGAAAACACGCUGACGGAGAGUGAGGCCCGCUACAGCGCCCAGCUGUCCCAGGUGCAGAGUCUGAUCACCAACGUGGAGUCACAGCUGGCGGAGAUCCGCUGUGACCUGGAGCGGCAGAACCAGGAGUACCAGGUGCUGCUGGACGUGCGUGCCCGGCUGGAGUGUGAGAUCAACACGUACCGGAGCCUCCUGGAGAGCGAGGACUGCAAGCUCCCCUGCAACCCAUGCGCCACCACCAAUGCUAGCGGCAACUCCUGUGGACCCUGUGGCACCUCUCAAAAGUGUUGCUGUAAUUGAAAAGCUUGUAUCCUCUUUCAAGGCAUCUACAGAGCCAUUUAGAUCAACCACAGGAAAGAUCUUCAAGUCCUGACUUUUCUGGAGCUCAGCUGACAUCAAGAAACCUCAUGUUGCCUACUAUGUUAUUUCUAGAAUGCUGAAAAGCUUUCCCCACCCAAGCAAAGACACACAUCAUCAACUUCCAAUGUCUGGACAACUCCUUCCUCUUGAGGGUCGAGUCUCUUUGUUUCUAAAGAUGUUCAACUCCCUGUAAUCUAAGCUCCAGUUACUACUUUAGGGUGUUUCCUGAACGUACUGCAUUUCCUGUUUUCCUUUCUUCUUUGGCGUUCUCUGGAAUGCAAGGAGAAGACUUCAUUUACUUCCCAAUAAACUUCAUUUCUGUGGCAUAGUAAAUGUUUCUCAUUCAUA